UUAUCUCUAUCCUCACCACCAUCCUCUUUCUCUUUUUGCUAUUGAAAACAGCCAUUAAGAAAUUUAGUUCUUCCAAGGAUAUUACCAAUUUACCCCCAGGGCCAAGAAAACUACCCAUAAUAGGAAACAUGCACAACCUUGUAGGAUCAAUGCCCCAUGAAUGCCUAAGAAAUUUAGCUUCCAAAUACGGACCCUUAAUGCAUCUUAAACUAGGAGAAGUGUCCCACAUCAUAGUUACAUCACCUGAAAUGGCACAAGAGAUUUUGAAGACUCAAGAUCUCAACUUUUGUGAUAGGCCAAACCUUCUCUUUGCCAGAGUCAUGAAUUACAAUGGAACGGACAUUGCUUUUGCCCCCUAUGGAGAGUAUUGGAGGCAUGUACGAAAGAUAUGCACCAUGGAGUUAUUAACAGCAAAGCGUGUUCAAUCUUUUAGGCGCAUAAGAGAAGCAGAGGUUUCAGAGUUGGUCAAAGCAAUAUCUCAAAGUCAAGGCUCCAUUUUUAAUCUGUCUCACAAGAUUUUAUCAAUGACCUAUGGAAUAGCAGCUAGAAUAGUAUUUGGUAAAAAAUAUAGUUACUAUGAUGUUUUUAUAUCAUCUUUUGAAGAAGCAUUGCAAAUAGGAGGAAGAAAUUGUAUUGCUGAUCUGAACUAA